AAAGCCCCAACCAAAACUUCUUCUCGCAAAGAGACUCUCUUUCUAGAAAACGAAAGCUAAAGAAUGUCGACACAAAGUAGUAAUCGGCGGUCGUCGUUUUCGUCGUCGACGACGUCGUCGUUGGCGAAACGACACGCAUCAUCGUCGUCGUCGGAGAAUGUGGGAAAAGUCACGGCUUCUUUGUCUAAAAGGAGAGUCCCUCUCAGUAACAUUACUAACCAAAAGGAUAGCUCAAGAAACUCGGUUUCGGCCUCUUCUUUGGUACCAUGUUCAAACAAAAUCUUAAAGGCAAGGAAGACACAGCCGGUUAGUAAUGUAGGUUUCUCAGGACAUGUUUUACCUUCUACAAAUGUAAGACCCAGUUCAGUUUUGCCUCCCAAGGUUGUUACAUCUUUUGCAAGAGGAAAUGAAGUGGUGGUGCCUCCUCCUAGUAUUUCUACUAUCCCUCCUCCACUAUGUAGCAUGGAGUUUUCUCCUAGUAAAUCAGAUGGUGUCUCGGUCUCUAUGGACGAGACAAUGUCCACCUGUGACUCUUUCAAAAGUCCUGAAGUUGAAUACAUGGACAACCGUGAUGUUACAGCGAUUGAUUCCAUUGAACGAAAGACGUUCAACAAUCUCUACAUUUCGGACCAUGUAGAAGCAACAGGGAAUAUCUGCAAUAGAGAUGCAAUCGCGGAGAUGGAAACAGAUGAUAAGAUAAUUAAUGUUGAUGAUAAUUACGUGGAUCCACAGCUUUGUGCAACAUUUGCCUGUGAUAUUUACAAGCACCUCCGUGCAUCUGAGGUGAAGAAAAGACCUUCCACAGACUUCAUGGAGCGAAUUCAGAAAGACAUAAAUUCCAGCAUGCGUGCAAUACUGAUUGAUUGGCUUGUAGAAGUAGCUGAAGAGUAUAGGCUUGUACCAGAUACGUUAUAUUUGACCGUGAACUACAUAGAUCGGUACCUUUCAGGGAAUGUGAUGAAUAGGCAACGGCUACAGUUGCUUGGUGUUGCCUGCAUGAUGAUUGCUGCAAAAUAUGAGGAGAUUUGUGCACCCCAGGUGGAGGAGUUUUGCUACAUCACUGAUAAUACCUACUUCAAGGAGGAGGUUCUGGAAAUGGAAUCUUCUGUCUUAAAUUACUUGAAGUUUGAAAUGACUGCCGCCACAGCUAAAUGUUUCUUAAGACGGUUUGUUCGUGCUGCUCAAGGGGUCAAUGAGGUUCCAUCAAUGCAAUUAGAGUGCAUGGCCAACUACAUUGCUGAACUCUCACUCCUUGAGUACACCAUGCUUUGUUAUGCUCCAUCACUAAUAGCCGCUUCUGCAAUUUUCCUGGCCAAAUUUAUACUUCUUCCUUCGAAGAGACCUUGGAAUUCUACCUUGCAGCAUUACACACUUUACAAGCCCUCUGAUCUGUGUGACUGUGUUAAGGAUCUUCAUAGAUUAUGCUGUAGCAAUCAAAAUUCUACUUUGCCUGCAAUCAGGGAGAAAUACAAUCAACAUAAGUACAAAUGUGUUGCAAAGAAGUACUGCCCUCCCUCAAUACCUUCAGAAUUCUUCCAGAACUGAAUGCACUCAUCAGACAUCAGCACGACUGCUCCAAUACUUUGUUGGAUAAACAAACUGUUCCACACCUGUCAUGACCAGCCUGCUUCUCCAGUUCUGAGAUGAGAGGUUCACCCUGUAUCACUUUCAUUUAGACUAGAUACACAAUUUAGGAUCUUCCAUGUGUAAGACCUUAAUUCUAGUUUGGUAUAAUCAAUGUAGUGUUGUUCAUUUUAUUAAUGGACGUCACGUGGUAAAACUUAGCCUCGUGUCACUGUCCAUGUGGCCAAAUUUUGCUACAUGUUGUAAAUUUUUUUAUUAAUUUCCUCUUUUUUUCUUUU